GCCCACAUAUGGUUGGGUGAAAUAUAUAUAUGUACAUAUAUAUACAGGUUGAAAACAAAGCGUAUAUAAAACUAAUAUAGCACAAUGGAAACCGGGUGAAAGUGCUUAAAAUACACCUAAACGAGUUUAGGAAAAUGUAUGUUUUCUUCGGGCAUAAAUUUGUGGCAACCGGCAUAUUGGGCUUCUUGGAUGUGCACUAUUACAUAUUGGACUGUAGGACAAGGAAUAAUAAUUAGUGUGUAAUGAAUUUAAACAAGUCUGUACCAUCAAAUAGAUGAUAAAAAGUUACCUGUAUAUUUUGUGAAAAGACAGCCAUUUGGGAACAAGAUUAUACUUGAAAGACAGAUAUAAAACAAUGUAUAAGAUGUUUAUGUAGAGUAUUUGGACUAGCCUACUAUAUAACCAAUUAGAUGGUUGAAAAUCACCUGUAAAUUUCCAAGUAAAUUAAAAGGAGUCAGUAUCUUCACGUGAGGUUUGGCUACAAGAGCUGAAGUUUUUCACCCAACUCCGAUAAAAUACAAGAGGCAUGUUCACUGGUUAAAUUCUGUAUCUAUGUCUCUCUUAUCUCAUCCAGGACUAGCAACGUUUCUUUACUCUGUACAACCCGAUGACGAUUUUUAAUUAACGAAAAGCAAAUAAGAGGAGCAUUGGUGUGCGACGUUCACCUAUCAGUGGUUUAUACAGUCGCUUGCGGCCGAGUAUGUCCUCUUGACUGUUUCAUAUACACAUAUAUAUGUAGCGAUGUAGUUAGAUGUAUACCUAUAUACCGUUAACGGUCAGUUCCGGACGGGAAUGUACCUAUGUCCUUUCACAAAAACACGACGCACUGCCUCUAACAUCUCGGAAGGUCUUUCAUCGGAUCCACCGAGAUCGACCUCAAGUACCGUAGUAAGCUCGUCGCCUGCGGCAUACGAGCAUAGACCUGUAGAAGAGGCUUCGUCCUCGACCCCCACCCCAAGCGGGACAAUAGCCACUCACGAAAAACCAAUGUUGCUCCUACAAUCACAGACAAAUUACGAGUCGGCGCCAGGAAUGGGCGGAAAUCAUUAUGGAGCGUACACUGGAAAUAUCACUCCGCCGACAACAAUGGCCGACAUAGGCGUCUUCUCCGCCUCUUUCUCAGUUCCUAUUCCGGACUUCCAAGCAGAUCAGUCUUUUGCAAAUGAGGACAUCUCUGAAAAUUAUGCUUCCGGUUAUGAAAGCAGUCAAUCCAGCUUGACAAGUUUCCAAGCAACAGAGCACACACAAUCCCAGGCUUUUCACGAGCCUUACAGUUUUGAAGGGAGCUUUGCCUUACAACAACGCGAACCUUCCAAACAGUCAUAUAACUUAUAUCAAGAUCAUACGAAUCUUGGACACGAAAAGUAUGGAACACCUGUUACGUCAUAUGAUGACGCAUUUCAAGCUUUUACCCCAAGUGAAACAGAAUUCUUUCAACAUCGUUUCUUGGACAAUCAAAAAUCUUAUCUAAAACAGCCUUACAGUGAGAAUCAGGAACUAUUCACCCAGACACAUCUGGGAUUUACUGAUAUGGACAACAAACAGUCAUUAUAUCACGCUUAUGACAAUCCCAGUCACUACAGCUCGGAAAAUCCAACUUUUCCCGGUUUUGCUACUCCAUAUUACGGAAAUCAGAGUGUAUCGUGUGCAAAUUCUAGUUUUUCAUUUACGAACCGCCCCGUGCCUGCCUCUUACUUAGGUGAUUUAAGUAUUCCUAUGACCUCACAGCAUUUACAGAGAAGACCGUCAUUAUCCAUACCGACACCACCUACACCGGAUAUGCUUGAGCGUCAGAAAUACCAACUUCAGUCACCAACUACACCUCCUACCCCCAGCUCAUGUCGUUCAUCUCCUCCAAGAGAUCAACCAAUGAAAGAAAGUCUACUAUGUGCUGUAUGUGGUGAUAAUGCCGCCUGUCAACAUUAUGGUGUUAGAACCUGUGAAGGAUGUAAAGGCUUUUUUAAGCGAACAGUGCAGAAAAAUGCCAAGUAUGUCUGUCUGGCAGAUAAAAAUUGUCCAGUUGAUAAAAGACGUCGAAAUCGGUGCCAGUUCUGUCGAUUUCAGAAAUGCAUGGCCGUGGGAAUGGUCAAAGAAGUUGUAAGAUCUGAUAAUCUGAAAGGAAGGAGAGGGCGACUACCAUCUAAACCCAAGAGUCCACAGGAAUCUCCACCAUCUCCACCAGUGAGUCUGAUCACAGCACUAGUUCGAGCACAUGUAGAUACCUGUCCUGACAUCCCGAACCUCGACUAUAGUAAGUUUCGAGUUCCAGGUGGUAUGGAUGAAAAUGUUAAGGAAGACAAUUUUAAGAUGUUUUAUGAUAUCCUCAUCCAGUCGAUAGAUAUCAUCAAAAGUUGGGCUGAGAAAGUUCCUGGUUUCACAGAUCUGUGUAAAGAAGAUCAAGAUUUGUUGUUCCAAUCGGCGACACUUGAACUCUUUGUGCUGAGAGCGGCUUAUAGGGUACAAACAAAUGAUGAUAAUAUAGUGUUUGAUAACGGUUUGGUGCUACACCGACUACAGUGUUUGGGAAUAUUUGGUGACUGGGUAAACUCUAUCGUUGAAUUUGGAUUAAGUCUCCAUAGAAUGACCCUUGACCUCUCUUCACAUGCCUGUAUGUCCGCCCUUGCUAUGGUUACAUUGCGCCACGGACUCAAAGAACCAGAAAAAAUGGAAGAACUUCAGAUGAAGAUUAUUGACUGUUUGAGGGAUCACUGUACUUAUAACAGUGACGCGCAAAAGAAAACUCACUUCUUCUCCAAGAUCCUCGGAAAAAUUGCCGAACUCCGGUCCUUGAGCCGCGAGGGAUUACAACGUAUGCUACAGUUUAAAUUAGAUGAGAUACGGGCGCCCCCUGUUAUAGAAAACAUGUUCUUAUCAAGUCAACUUCCGUUUUAAAUUAACUGUAAAAAGAAAAUGUGAUAAGACCCGAAAAGACAAUAAUUUAGAUCAUUAUCCAGAUUCAGGGUCAGUGGAUAAUGGAAACAUACAAUCCAUGAUUCAGGGCCAGUGAAUGGUGAUGAGGAUUGAACUGGGAAUUAUAAGAAGAAGAAGAAAAAUGAAGACUGUCUGAAAACUGCACAAUUUUAACAUUAAACUUUUAUUACUUCUUUAAAUUUAUAACAUCACAUGUUUUAUUUAGCACACUUCAAGAUUCGAUGACGUCACUCGUCUUCGCUGUCGCCAAAAUAUUACGUUUAUAUGGUUAUGUUACUUGAUGUAGUGUGGUGACUUAAUUUAUAAAUUAUGUAAUAUAUAGAUAUUCAUUUGUAAUAUAUGAUUAUUAUUAAUAUUAUUCUCUUAAUAGUUUUAAUAGUGCUAGUACAUUUUCAUAAGUGUGCAAUAUCUUAUCAUUAUCUCUACCUCCGCUUCAAACUAUUUACUUUCAAAAGUAGAUAACAUUAUGAGAGUAGUUCCGCAGAAUAGGAGUCUGUGCAGUUCAGACUAUUGAAAUGGCAGCUAAAUCAGAAAAGGGCCAAAAGCGGAGGAAAAUUUACAACGGUUGUAACGAUUAAAUGGAAGGUUGUUAAUUGCAUAAUUAUGUAUUUUCUCUGAAUACUGAAACAGUAUAAAUUAUGAUUGUCGAACAUUUCGAUUGUUUGUGUCAAAGCUGUUUUAUAUUCAAAUACUAGUACAUAGGUCACAUCUGGCACGUCUACAUUGUCUGACACAUUUUACACCCCCUCCCUUUUGUACCUAUACUAAAUCUAUGUCCAGUCACCCCUCUAUUUAAUUAAUAUACCAUUGUGAUUGUAUACUGAUGAGUGAAGACUGUAAAAAAUGAUGGAAGAUCACUGAAAUGAUAAACCUACUUGAACUGUAUAUUGGGCACCUUAAGUAGGUCACUUGUACAUUUUAAUAUCUUUUUACCUAUAUAUAUAUUUUUCUACUGACCUUUUUAAAUCAAAUUUUAAUGUAAAUUAAGUAUUUUACCGGUGAGCCAGUUAAAGAUGACUUGAUUUCAUUAGCUUGAGUAGUUGAUCAACAAUUCUAGUUAGAAGGGGAAAUACUAGAUUUAAACCAAAAUAUCGUGACUUUUAAGGUAUUUAAAAAUCAAUGCCAUUUUUUUUCGAAACUGAUUUUAAAAAAAAGAAAUCAUUAAUUUAUCAAUUAAAAAGGCGUGGGGUCUAGAAUGGCGAAAUUAAGAAUCAAAUCCUGAAAUCUCGAAGUUCUUCCUUAUGAUUACAUUGUUAAUAAGAUACGUGUUUAAAAUUCGUUUGUUUUCGAGAUUCUUGUGUUAAAAAAAAACGAAACGAAAUUUACAUAUUUAUCAAAGACUUUUUUAUUAUCAACUCGUAGUCACGUGAUACAGUCUCGUCCCCGUUAUUGUUCAACUAUUUUUUUUUUCAAAUUAUUUUCAAUAUCCACAUUUGAUAAUUCACUGUUGCCGAAGUAACCUGUAGCUUUUUAUUUUAAAAUUUGCCUAUACUUAUUAAGCAGAGAUGUUUUAAAUACUUUUGUAGAUAUUUUGUUAUUUAUUAAUACAUUUUUAUCGUAUUUUGUACGUGAAAUUAAGUGUCCCAUAAAGUGCUAAUGUUAUAUUCAUACACAGUGUUUUCCAUACAAUAUUUCUUCAAAUGCUAGUACACGUGUUCUUUCGUUCUUAUUCAAAGUUAACAUUUUUACAUUCAAAAUGAAUUCCGUUAGGUAAUAUUAUGUAGCACUCUUUUGUCCUGUAUAAAUUGUUCUUGCACUAGUUUAUGUAGGCACCCGGAACUUGAACAAUUAUCACAAUUAAUGGAUUUAUGUGACUAUGGUUAAUAUAAAAUAUUAAAUAAUUCGGUAGGGUAUCAGUUGAUGUCUAAGUGCUAUUUAAAUCAGUAUUUUCCUCCCUUUUCGUUAUCAUGCAAAUUAUUUGGUGCAUUUUCAUUUUAAUUGUGGUGUUUUCGUAUUAUGCCAAAGACUUGCCCCUUUGGUUUUGUUUUAUUUCCACCAAAAUCCGUGUCAUAAAUUGCCUAUUGAAAUGGUUAAAUAUCGUUAUUUUUUAUGUAUCUUUAUGACGCUCCUCUCUUUAAAACAUGUUAUAAUCAAAGGUAUUAACCCAAAAUUCUACUUACUAUAAAAUACUAGUCUGUAUGCCAAAGUUGAAUAUUUAUAUAUAUUUAUAUAUAUUCCCUAACAAUAUAUAUUGUUAUGGAAUACAGAAAUAGUCAUAAUGAUUUUAUUAAUUAAUAUAUUUAUAUCAUGCAUAAUGGUUGGGUGUGCAUUAUAGACAAGGUGGAUUAAAAGCAUAAUUGAUAAUGGUAAUUUAAUAUUAUAUAAUAUUCAGUCAUAAUAAUAAUAGAUGUAAGCAACCUUUCUCUGAAACAAUGUGAAUCUGAUAUUCUGCUUACUUUAAAAGGGUAUUAUGUAAGAUUUAGAUCUUAGCUCGAGAGCUGGCCGUUCUCGCUAGAAUAUUUAAAAAAAUAAUAAUGCAAAAUGAAUAUAUUGAAAAUUUCAUUCAAAUUACUUUAUUUUGAGCGAAGUUAUCAAUGGUUGUAGUUUUGACAAGAUGUGUGCAAUUAUCGUAACUGCCAUACUGGUCAUUCGAGUCUUAGCCUCACUUCUCCAUUUUUAAAUUAAAUCAUUAAAUGGUCUAAUCGUUCUAAUCUACUUAAAAUGUGAACCUUCCCAUGGCAUCGAGAGUGCAUUAUGGCCUUGUUAUGUUAAUUAGUGUCUAAUUAAUAAUCUAUAUAACAUUUAUAGCCCAAAGAAAGACCUGCAAUAGGCAGAUUUAGCUCUUACAUAAUGCCUGUAUAAGUAAAAUUAAAAAUAGCAUACCCGAUCUUAAUUGAGGUUUUCGAAAAGAAAUUAGAUAAUUACAUCUGGAAAAAAAAAAUAAAUUUGAUCAUUCUUCAUUCCAAAUAUAAGAUUUAAAAUCAAAAAUAUUUUAUUUGUCAUGUGAUAAUGAAUCUCAUGGGAUGUAUUUAACGAUAUUCUAGUCAAAUUACAUACCUUAUAUUAUUAUUGUUAUCAGUUAUUAUUCAGUAUAGAUAAAUGUAUGUCCCACGCAUAUUUACACUUCAAUCCCUCUGUAAACUAAGAACAUCACGUAUUAAUUUGUACAAUUCACGAUUUCAGCUUAUCAUUGUGAUUGACAAAUCUAGAAUCUGGCAUAAUAUUUAGAUUUUAGAUUUUUAAUUAUCAAAAUCCAAGUAAGGAAAAUUGAUAUUGAUAUAAAACAAAUAAGAAAUGAUGAGACGAAAAUAUAAUCAUUUUCAAUUGAAAGAUAAUUUUGAUAAAGAAAAUUCUGAAUGCCAUAGUUUCUCAAUCUAUGAUAUAGAUGAUUUUAAUUGUGGAUGUACCUAUGAAGUCACAAAACAUCGCCAUGGACGUUCACGAUAUAAAAGACAUUAACUAUUUUCUCUACCGAAAUGUCUUUGACCAUUGACUAUUUUCUCUACCGAAAUGUCUUUAACCAAUGACGUUUUUCUCUACCGAAUGUCUUUAACCAAUGACUAUUUUCUCUACCGAAAUGUCUUUAACCAAUGACUAUUUUCUCUACCGAAAUGUCUUUUUGAAGAUUUAUAUUCUUUAUAUAUGUAUAUUUCCCUGAGAAACUUGCUGUCUUUAUAGAUUGUAAUUUAAUCCUUAUUUGUUGUCUAUUUCCACAUCCCCGACUCCUCGAUAUGGUGACACGCGUUUGCUUAUUUAAUUAGAUAUCUAUUGAUUAUUAAAUGAAUUACAAUUAAUAAUAUUUGACAAUGUCAUAUCUACGUUGUAAAGAGAUGGGACUAAGCCAAGCUUAAUCAACCCGCUAUUCUAUAUAAUUUUGUACAGACAAUAUGAAAUCCAAUAAAAAGUGUAAGAUCUU